AUGGCGCAGGCUUACCAGCUGCGGGCGCCGCGUCCGCGCCUCGACGAGUCGCCGCGGUGGCUACGGGACGCGGCCCCGCCGCCCGCCGCCUCUGCCCACCCCUUCCGGGCGGCGGCCGUGGCCGUCCGCGGGCGCCCCGCGGGGCUGAGCCGGCCGGAGGCCGUCAGGCUGCGCGGCCUCGACGCUGUCUUCGGGCGGCCGGUGACGGCGCAGCCGCCCCGCUGGAGCGGCUGCCUGCGGGCGUCGGAGCACUUGGCCUUCUACCGGGUGGCGGGGCCGCGGUAGCGGCGGGCGCGGGAGGCGCAGGCCCGCCUGGCCGCCGCCAUGUGCUGGCAGAUGCUGCGCGCCAUCUCGCUGCUGUACGGCACGUACAAGAAGCGCGCCGUAGCUCUGCAGCACUCCCGCCGAGCCGGAGCCCUCCGCGCGACGGGCCCGGGCCUCGCAGCGCCGCGGAGGGAAGGCUAUGCCCGUGGCAUGCGGCCAGACGCCAUCACUGGUUCCGUCUAACGGGGGAAACGUCUGCACCUCGCCCGGGAUGGUGGAGAGGCGAACACCCUGCUCCACAACGGGCUUCUCCCCUGAUAGCCCCCACGUUAAGAGCCCGGCUGAGGAGGGUGUUUCUGACUUGCUGUGCUGGGCGUAGCAUCCAGCAUCCCUUCAGCAGGCUUAGCGUGCUGCGCGAAGCAUCCCUUCACCUGCUGGAAGAAAUGCCUGAGGUGAAAUGCUUGAGGAACCGAGAGCUGCUGCAUCUCGAGACGUGGCCGUCUUUGCCCAACAGUCCUCAAAGACAAAAAACUUGGGCAUUUGGUGUAUAGCUGAGGAUACAAACUUCAAAAUGGAAUAGCUGAGGAUACAAAGUUCAAAAUGGAUGCCCUCAGCUUACUACUGUCAAAGCAAAAUCCUUUUAUGUAUUCAUCUCUUGUGAAUUAAGACAUUCACACAAAAAACCCCACACGAGUUAGGCCUUAGAACUCUGUUAGCGGGUAUUACAGUUUUCCCCCCUUGACUGUUACCAUUUGUUGAGAACUAACUGGUUUGUGAAGAAUUUAAAUUGCUUUGUAGUAGUCUGAGCAAAAUCUCUGAUAGAAUUUUACAGCUAUUAAAGGCAGUUUGCAUAGAUAGUCUUCAGUGUUACCCAUCUAAAAUUUUAUUUCGGUUAUUUUUUCUAUCUAGUGAGUAGAGGAAUCCUUAAAACCGAAUUCAUGGAGGAACCGUGUUCUAAAGAUGCUCUUUUACCCUACUCUAGUCAAACUUUCUGUACAACUAAAUGCAUGGGUUUGAUAUUCUAUGUAUGAUGUGACUUGUUUACAGCUAAUGAAAACAAUUUGCAAAGAGUAAUUUGCAAAGUUGUUACUUGUCUCCAAAAUAAGGAAAAACCCUUUAAUUUUUGUUUUAAAUGCUAUAAAUAUAUAUAGCUUUUUAGAAAUGCACUAUUGGUGUCUUACAGUCCAAGUAAGAAUUGUUCUGGUUUAUU